GCUUUUUGCAUAAACACCCGGUCCUUAGAAAUAUCGGUAUUUCCGUGUCAAUAUAUAAACAGUUUUAAGGUUGGACGAAAAAGAACGAGACUUGGACGAGCACAGAAGAAGACUAGGAAAAUAAUCUUUAGAAAUUGGGGAAAGCAACAGCCUCUUCAGAACAUUCUAGAGAUGUCUCAUCACAAAUCUCGAAACAUUUUAUCAUCGGAACUUCUCUCAUCAACCUCUCGACACAAACGCUACAACCUACGACAUUCAUCUCGACCCAAAGCCACCUCGUACGACAAACCAAGAAACACGAGAUUCCUAGAAAAAGACUUUCGCACUAACGUACCCAAGCCUCGUUAUGCUUACGUCACUCUAGUCAUGUGCGGGGACGAGUAUAGCCAGGGGGCUUUGGCACUAGCCUGGUCGCUACGGCAACAGGACACCAAGCACGAGCUGGUGGUCAUGGCGACCCCUGACGUCAGCGUGCGGGCGCUAAGGCUCUUGAAGAAGUUGUACGAUCGUGUUCUUAGCAUCAGCUACAUCGAAACUAAAGUGAAUUGUAGACUUCGUGGGAAGAGAUACAGGGAGGAGAAUAAAUGGAUGAAUCAUAUAAUGACGAAAGCACGAAUGUUAAAAUUGACCGAGUAUAGCAAAAUUAUCUGGCUGGACGCGGAUAUGUUGGUUACAGAGAAUAUAGACUCGCUUUUUGAUGUCCCCGCCCCGGCUGGUAUAUGUUCCAGCAUCAGGAAUCAUGAUCACUGGCACAGCACCAAGCUACCAGAACUUGAAGUGGAAAACUCACUGAGAAAUAACUACGGGAUUUACGGAUGCAUACUGAUACUUGAGCCGAACCUCGACGAUUACUUACUCUCGAGUUCCCAGCCUAUUGUAGGGGACAAAGCAAGCUUUGUGGGACCGGAUGAUUACUUCUUCACUAAACUAUACCAGCGAAAGUGGUAUCACUUGCAUGUCAAGUACGGGUGCACGCGCUGGCAUGAAGAUAGACUUGGGAUAGAGCCCGCAGUCAUUCAUUUCGUUGGCGCCAAGCCAUGGGGAGAGAGAGACUGGGUUCUGUGUGGGGAGGGGAGCGGUGAGGAUGAGUGGGCGGGGCUGGUUCAGUGGCGGGAGGUCGUUCAGGAUAUGGUACGCGAGUGCCCGGUGAUGAAGAGUGCUUAUGCUGAGAAUAUCACAAGGAAAAUGCGCAGAUCAAAGAGUGCUAUGCCGCUACUGCGCAUGAUCACUGCGUGACCCAAUGGGAGGACAGGGAUUUCCCUUUGUUGGUUUACUGCGCAUGAUCGAUGCGUGACCAAUGGGAGAACAGGAGGGCCCCCCCUGGCAGGGAUUAUCCGGUUUUGUCAAAAGCAGAGGCAAAUGUUUCCACCCGGGAUCGAAUCGAGUACCCUGCGUGCGUGAGGUGCACGUGACAUCGUCUAGACAACGGAAACUCAGUAAAAAGCUGAGGGGACUCCGAGGCUUCAUUAAAACUUUUCAUAAUUUUUAUUAUUAGGGAACAUAAUAGAUUAUUGAAAAUCGCGAAAUUCGUGAGAAUAAAGUGUAAUAACACAGGGAA